GGCGGUUUACUUUGAGAACUGUUUGGUUUAGGAGAGAGAAAGAAAGACAGAGAGAGAGAGACAGAUAAAGCUGAGGCGAGCUAGGAAGUCAGAUAUCAGCACUCUAUAAACAUCUUACAGUGCUUACCAGGACAUAUACCAGUGAGCAAGAACCUUGUGAAGACAGAGAUAAGGAUAUAACACAUCUACUCUUACCUUUCAACGACAAGGAUGAAACCUCAAAUAAAAAGAACUUUAUCAAACUUCUUCUUUGAAUACGAAACACCUCGACAGGUUCUGGUCAAGAACAAAAGAGUUGCAGUGGUGUGCCGAAUCAUCCAAAUGGGUGUUCUAGCCUACAUCAUUGGGUGGGUGUUCAUGUAUGAGAAAGGCUACCAGGCAAUAGAUAUUGCCAUAGGCUCCAUCUUCACCAAGAUGAAGGGAGUGUCCUUCACAAACAUCAGCGAAAAGGAGAGGAUAUGGGAUGCAGCUGAUUUUGUUUUUCCUGAACAGGGUGACUCGUCUUUUGUUGUGAUGACGAACUACAUUACCACUAUGGGACAGAAACAGGACAAAUGUCCUGAGCUGCCAGAUGGGAAGAACAAGUGUAUUACUGACGAUGACUGUGAUGAGGGCAAAUACAAACGUACGGGAAAUGGGCACAUGACGGGCAGGUGUAUAAGCAAUACCAGUACUUGUGAGAUCUACUCCUGGUGUCCAGUUGAAGAUGACCGUCAAAUACCAGUGCCUCCAGUCCUGCUGACAUCAGAAAACUACACACUGUUCAUCAAAAACUCUAUUACCUUUCGCCAGUUUAAUGUAGUAAGGAGUAACUUGGUGGAGAGUGUGAAUCAGAGUUAUAUCAAUAGGUGUUUGUAUCAUCCCAAGACUGAUCCACUGUGUCCCAUCUUCAGACUGGGAGACAUCGUUGAGCGUUCUGGGUUCAAUUUCUCAGAGAUAGCCCGUGUGGGUGGUGCUAUAGGAGUCCUCAUUGACUGGGACUGCAAUCUGGACCUCAGUAUCAGACACUGCAAACCAAAGUAUGAAUUCUAUGGUCUUUAUGGAACAGGGAAAAAUGACAAAGAAGAGAAACCAUCAUUGGGAUACAAUUUUAGAUAUGCUAAAUAUUAUGUGGAGAAUGGGGUGGAGAAGAGAACACUAAUGAAGGUGUUUGGUGUACGGAUAGACAUAAUUGUUCAUGGACGGGCAGGAAAAUUUGAUAUUAUCCCAACGUUGACGGCUAUAGGCUCAGGAGUAGGAAUCUUCGGAGUGGCAACCGUUGUGUGCGAUAUGCUCCUCCUAUAUUUUGUUUCAAAGAGAGAUUUCUACAAAAACAUGAAAUUCAAGCAUACAGAAAUCCCGGAAGAGAAGCCAGCCUUGCCCCAGUCACAGACAGAAAAAGAUCUACCAAAGGAGUGAAGUCAGGACGGCUGCCAUGACGACUGACUAUUGCACUGAAGACUGAAGAGAGAGAGAGAGAAAAAAAGAAAAAAACACACACACCUCAACACUGGAGCUUAAGCAAGAUGGCUGGGAGACUUGACACACAGAACUGUCAGACAUCACUUUUCCUUUCUAAAUCACAAUUCCUUCCCAAACUACGGAGGAAAGAUAUUAAAUCACUGUUAUGAUUUAAGACUCAGCUAAUACCCACUGGAUGUGUUCAUAUUGAGAGGCUCAGGACUGUAAAGGUACAAUUCUAUGAGGGUUUUGAGGUCUUUACAAGGUUCCCAAAGUUUUUGGCAAUUACCAUGUAAUGUCUGGAUAUGUCACGCUCUGUAUACGGUAUCCUGUAUACUUUAAAAUAGCUUUUUUUUUUUUUUUACUGAUAGGUGUUUUGUAUAGGUUUUUGUUGUUGUUUUUGUAGCAAGUCAAACUGUGAGCCUCUAAUUUUUGUGUGAAAUAAACUUUAGAUGGUGAAAUUAUGAGGUUGAAACUAACCAUCUCUUGAAGACUGAUGAGUGAUUUAGGCCUUUAGUUUUUGUUUAAGCUCAUUCAGAAAACACUGAGCCAAGAAACAUAGGAUGCUCUGUCAAAAGUCUGGUAUUUUCUUAUUAGUACACAGCAUUCUGGACUGCUUGAUUUUAAUGGGUCAAAUGCAGCAUUUAUGCAAUAAUGACAACCGCUCAUCCAGGAACUCUUAGCUGUGUGUGUGUUCUCUCACUCUAAAAGUAAUUGUUACUCAAAUCAAUAGUCCAUACCCAUGUAUUUAUUUGUUUGAAAAGUAGUCAUGUAGUCAUUGUACAAGAUAUAAUUAUCAGGUAUAUCUGGACACUCAUGCAGUCUCUUUCUUCUAACCUAACAAAAUAGUUUGGUCUCACUUUAGUUUGGGGACCAAUUCUCACUAUUAAUAAACUCUUAAUUUGCUGCUUAAUAAUAGUUAGUAAGGCAGUUGUUAAGUUUAGGUAUGGAGUAGGAUUAAGGGAUCUAAAAUAUACAGAAUAUGCAGAAUAAGGCAUUUAUUUAUUGCUUUAUAAGUACUAAAGAACAAUCAAUAAGCUAGUAAUAUGCAUACUAAUAAGCAACUGGUUAAUAGUGAGAAUUGGUCCCUAAACUGAAGUGGGUAACACUUUAGAAUAGGGAACACUUAUUCACUCUUAACUAUGACUUUUCCCUCAAUAAAUUCCUAAUUUGCUGCUUAUUAAUAGUUAGUAAGGUAGUUGUUAAAUUGAGGUAUUGGGUAGGAUUAGGGAUGUAGAAUAAAGUCAUGUAGAAUAAGGCAUUAAUAAGUGCUUAAUUACUACUAAUAAAUGACUAAUAUUCUAGUAAUAUGAAUGCUAAUAAGCAACUUAAGAGACCCUAAAAUAAAGUAUUACCCUGAAGUGUUACCAAUAAUUGAAACUCACAUCAAAAUAAAACCCUUUCAGGGUGAUACAAAACCUCGCUGCUUUGCACUGGCAUCUUGAUAAUUCUGUCUGGAUUUAUUUUGCAACGAUGACUUGCUUUUAUUUGUUGGAAUUUACCUCAGUUUGAGUUUCUUUUUUUAUUAAAUGAUUUACAAUCUUGGACAGUUUUGAAAUCAGACAGCACCAUCAAGGAUUGUUUGGUUUUAUUGUGUACAAAGUACUAUUUUAAAGAGUAGCUACUGUUAAAUGUAUUAAUAUUAUUAGGUCAAUUUCAUCGAUUGAUUCCAAGUUCAUUUUUUUUCAUGCAAAAUUAAAAUAAUAAUGCAAUCCUAAAUGACAAAACAUAAAGGAAGAAACCUGAAUCA